AUGGCUCUCUUUAACCGUAACGUAUCCUCUUAUAAACAAGACAGCCUCUGGUCGUGGUUUAUAUGCCUUUGUUACACAAUUUGCGUUAUCCUUACAAUUGGGUUAUCGUAUUCCCUCGGCGUACUUUUCCCCGUUCUCAUGGAUUCUUUUCAUGAAGACCGAGAAAGAACAGGUAGGUCGGGUAUCAUAACAAUCAGGGUUUGGCCGGCGGAAACACAAUGGAGUGAUGUGGAAUAUGUCAGGGAAAUUAUCAAUUUCUCCCUUGUUAAUUCCACCUACAACAACAACAAUUUAUUAUUUAAAAUUAUAUCUCUUUUAUGUUUUGUCAGUGUGAUUGUGAUAUUACCCAUUCACUUAUCACUUAGGCCAUCCCCUUUCAAGGUUUUUUUCGUUUAGCGUCGAAUGCGUUUUCUGAUGUUGGGCCGGUCGGUCGGACUAUCAAAGUCAUUUGCCACGCAGAAGGACAUCAGAUAUUUGUGACUCUUACAUACAUGGGGAACUAACGCGGUUGCGCAGUAGUAUCAAAUUGCAAGAUGGCGAAUCGUCCAAAGAGAGAAUUAUGCCCAAAACGUUAUGCAGAGGAGAAAAAUGAUCUGAAGCGUUGCAAUGCCAUAAAAAAGUCGAAAACGGAAAAAGAGCUUUACGAUAGGAUAUAGAGAUUGUGCAGGUGGACAAGGAAAGGAAACGAUUUAAAAUUCAUUUUGUUGGGUUUGGAAAUCAAUUUGACGAGUGGCGUUAUUUCAGUACCAGCGGUGGACAGUUUCCGUUUGUCCGCUUGGAGAAAAGUUUUGUCCUCGGCGAAGAAUCAUUGGAGGACAGAAGGCAUAUUUUUCAUGGGCAUUUAUACCGAGCUAUUAAAAGAAAGAUGUGGUCAAGCCGGCGAGAAGACCCUGAGGUCAGGAUAGAAUUACUCAUAGAACCUGAUGUGUUUUCCCGUGAUCUCGGUCGGGCAACCAAAAGCAACUUUCAGAUAGCGGGAACAGAAAAAAACUGCUUAAUUUAUUAACUAACGUCAAAACAAAAAUGAGGGAAAAUUAGGAUAAUCAGAAAGUAAAAUGGUUAACUCGAUCGAUCGACUACUUACUUGUUUAUUUGGAGCGUAAACGAGGGAAAAUCGCCUUGCCCUGAUGUACCUUUGAACCCGUCGGACUCGUCUUCUGUAGCCGUCACGAAAGCAGCAAAGCUAAGCAGUAUAGCCAGCACCAAAGCGCUGAGUUCAAUGCCCAUUUUACGUUGACAAAGUUCAACAAACCGGAAUAAAUUAUAUAUCAAAACGCGCCAAAUUUAUUGUAGUUUUUGAAUCUGGCGGUAACAGGCAAGUUGGAGCAUGCGUAGUCUCAUUCUUGGCCCAGGCUUUCGCUCUAUUCGAGAUUUCUUUUAAACAGCCUUGUAAAAUAUUACGCAAUAGGUAACAUGAAAUCGCUUGUUUACGUGUGAAAAUCUCUCACUUUCGACACAACAUGUACGUCUACGUAAGCCUUAGAUAUUUUUCUUUAAGAAUAUGGAUGUAACAGAAUGAUUCCUUCAUUAAAACCAACGAGAGAAGAAAAAUUGUAUCAAUAUUUGUCCUGUCCUGAGUGACCUUGGCCCCAGCAGGGUCACGCGAUUUUCAAUGUAACGCUUUUGUCUAGCGUGACAGGAGGCCCUGGUACCUCAGGAUGACGUUAAAAGUUAACAUUCACAUAUUUGGAUUAACAAAAUGCACAAUAUACUGUAAGAAAUGUUCCUGUUUUUGUUCCUGUUUUUCUCUAUGCUGUUACUAUGCUCAUUUUUCAGAUUGAAAGAAUUAUUUCAAGAGAAAAAUGGUUUAACUACGUCGUUACUUUUUUCUUUUUUGAAAAUGCCACAAAUUUGGGUCGGUCGGACGACGCUAAAGGGAGGAAAAAAGGAGGAUGGCCUUACGUUUCGUUGCAAAAAUGAUAAUGAAAUGAUCAUGAUGAUGAUGAUGAUGAUGAUGAUGAUGAUGAUGAUGAUGAUGAUGAUGAUGUCUGAUGAUAAAUAAUUAUGGGUACCUUCAACUUACGUGGAAGAUGACAUCUGGGGAAAACGGGCUGAAAAUUUUUGAUAAAGUCGUUUGAAAAUAAAUGUAACUUGUUCUAGAAAUAUUUGAAGAUAAUUUAUUUCCAGGUUUUAAUUCAUUUGGGGUAACUGGGACUUGUACUUGUCUGUUUCAGUUUUAAAAUAGGGACCUUAAGCAUCGACGACGAACUGCGCCGUGAAAGGACUGGAUCGAGAACGUCGUUCACGGCGGGAAAAUUAGAGAAUUAAGCGCACGCAUGCCGUGGACGACGAACUCGAGUUUCCCAAGUAAACAAAGGAAAUGCGAAUGAAGUGUUCAAAAUGUCUUUUUAAAAUUUUAGAGUUCAAAAUGUCCGCCCUAAACGUUCCACAGCGCUUUGCCUGUAUUAUGUUCCUUCAUAAUUUCUUUGAUAAUUAGCAGAUCAAUUCGACAUAAUGUGGUCUACGUAUUUCUUUAGAUGCAUCGUUGGUUCUCAUUGUCUGAAAAACUGCACGAGUUCAUAAAAAAACAAACAGACUCGAACCACACAUGGCUUCACCUCCGAUUCAAAUCCAUGCCACAUUGGUGGGGGUUUAGCGCUCGCACCACUGUGCUGGUGCUACUGUUGUUGUUGUUCGACUCGGAAACACUUUGCCGUCGAAAUUGACAUAAUUCUUUUGUGUUUCAGCAUGGUUUACAUCCAUAGCUGUUAGCGUAAUGUGCUUCACAAGUCCUACUUCCGGUGGCCUCCUCAACAGGUUUGGGAUUCGCACUACCACUAUAUUAGGAUGCCUGUUAUGCUCGUCUGCUCUUGCUAUGGGCUCUUUUGUUCCCACCAUUGUGACCCUAUUCAUUGCCUUCAGUUUACCUUUUGGACUUGGCUUGGGGCUUAUUUACCUCAAUUUUCCCGUUGUUGCGACUCAUUACUUCAAAAAGAGAAGAUCCAUUGCCCUCGGUUUCUUAAUGGCAGGUCAAGGCAUUGGGACAAUGAUUCUUAGCCCCACUUUGCAAGCCCUAGUGGACGCUUUUGAUUGGAGAAACACGUUUCGAGGAUUUGCAGGGCUUCUGGCUCUUGCCUCUCUAACAGGAUGGUUACUUCAUAAAGGGAUUACUCCUCCAAAUGAACCAGCAGAAGUCGCAACCAAGGGUUUGCAAUUACAUUUUGGACUCUUGAGGAAUCCGGUCCUACUUAUCCUGAUAUUAACGCAGUGUAGCUAUGUCCUCUGUCGUCUCACGCCGUACGUUCAUCUGGUAAGCAUAGUUGUGUCAUGCGCCAUGUAUUCUGUGAAAGAAAAAGGGAGUGGGUAGAAAAGGCUAGAAGAAGAUAUUAGAAAAAGAAGGGAACGUAAACAAAAUUAUAUGGAGAAGGGAACACCCGAGAAUAAGUAAUGAGAAGCUAAAUACAAACUUAGUUUGGUCAAUAUCAAACACUUAAUCACUGGUCCUGAGGGAAACAGUUAUUUAUUUUUUCUUUUUUCGAGGGAAAAUUAACUGUUUCCCUCGGGAUCAAUCUUUUAAAAAGCUGGAUAUUUUGAAGCUGGAAAUUUAUUAAACCUCGCUGUAAAGGCAGACUUCGGUGAGUAUUCGCGAGUAGCAGUGUACUGUUACCCUUUGACGUUAUAGAUUUUGCAGUGUUGCCCGCUCAGAGAUUUUUGGCGGGAAAAAGUUUGAUUGUUAGAUGCCAUGUGACCUCGAAGUAACCAAUUAGGGAGCGUGCUGUUGGGGAAAAAUUUCCAGUUGUAUAACAAUUUAGGUGGUGGGGGAAAAAAGGAUGGGAUUAACCUUACCACUUUUAAAGGUUUGGUAUUUGCCUCAUGGGCAUUUUCUUCCCAUCAAGUCAAGUCAGGUCAAGUCAGGUCAAGUCAGGUCGGAUUUAUUUCACUUUUCAGUGGAAGAAACAGAAUGAAAACAAUGAGUAUUUAAAUUUCGUUAGUCAGGCAUAUAGACAACAGAAAAUUAAGAUAUAUAAGUGAAGGGAGUUGAAGUACCGUAAAUCCUGUAUUAAGCCCCCCCGGGGGGCUUAUUUAUUUGACGCUCAUUUCAGGGGGAGAUUAAAAGAAACGGGGAGUUUAUUUGAGAAGCGGGGCUAAUUUAACUUAGAAAAGACGAUGGUAUCAGUUCUCCGUAAAGAACUAGAAUACAAAGUGGGAAAGCUGAAGUACAAGAAGGUUGAAGGUCACGCAGCCGAGGAUCAGAAACUUCCAGUUGCUAAAUAAACCAUCCCGGAUCGGAUCAAUCCACACGAAGUUUCUCAGUCUUGAUUGAUUCAUAAAGUCUAUCAUGAUCAUCUAUUAGUGAAGAAUAAUUAGGGGAGCACGGGGAGGGAGAGCGCUUAUUAACUUUCUUACCCUGAAAAGAGGGGCGAGGCCUAUUUGAGAGAGAGAGAGAGCUUAAUAGAGGAUUUACGGUAAGUAAGCCGAGUUUUUAAAGACAACUCCCAAAAGUGAAAUCUAUAAUUCUAUUUAUUAAAGAGGUCAUCCAUUUUAUGGUCGAAUCAUACUGGCCCAUUAUAUACUGCUUUUAUUUCUUCCUUAAAGUUAUUUCUUUUAAUUUGGAUUGUUUACUUGCCUGUAAUGCUGAAUUAGGUGUGACAAUGUGAUUUAUAGUGCGUUAAAGUUAUUAUUUUCUAUGAUCUUAGAUAAAGCACGCUAAUGACGUGGGGAUUCCUGCUGAUAAAAGCGCCACUCUCUUGAUGUUUAUUGGUGUUUUUGCGACGUUAGGUCGUCUCGGAGGAGGGUUUCUUUGUAAUCUAAAGCUCUUCCAGGCAAGAAUAUUAUUACAAGCAUCCAUUUUAAUCAUGGGAACCUCUGUGAUGUUGCUGUCAGUGGCAAAGACAUAUGGUACAUUGGUAGCGUUUGCCAUUGUGUUCAGUGCGUCGGAUGGAAUGAUGAUGGUAACUUUUGUUGUGGAAUGCAUGAAUUCAGUGGAGGAUUCUAAACAAGCUUCCGCGGUUGGUUUUUCUAUGAUAUCAGCUGGAGUGGUUGCUUUAGGGGCGCCUCCUUUAACGGGUGUGUGUCUAUCAUUGUAUCCAUUCUUGAAUCCAUUUGAUCUGCCGGCACUUUCUAAAGUUAAGAUCAACGCUUAAACUUGCAGGCUAGAUUACCCUAGAUUUUAAGCAAGUGAUCAUAAGUUGUCAGUUUCGUUAGCAACUAAGUAUCAGGGCCCGGUUGCAUAAAACCUGCACUUAAGUGACUUACUUAAAAGUAAGUCACUUACGAAUCCGCUAUGGGUACACUUACGGGUGUUGCAUGGAACACACUUAGCACUCUCGUAAGUUUCUGUUUUACGUGGUAACUUACGGGCUCACUCAAGGGCACACGUAACCUUGAUAUAGUACUUUAUUAACGAGUCACUCUUUUUUUUUUAAGCUAACCAUCGGUGAGUGUAAAGAAAGUAAAAUUCGUUUCCAACACUUUUAAGCCUCUCAAAAAAUGAAAUUUGCAUGCAAACGUUAUUUUUCUUCAAUAUCUACUGAGAUCAGUAACGGAGUCGGUUACAAAAUGAAACAGUUCUGAUUCUUGCGACUCCGAUUCUAUUUACGACUCUGGUGUAAUUAUCAGAAGCAUCCUUAAGACUCCGACUCGGUCGCUGAAAACUAAGAUUUUGUUGUAGACACUCAUCCAAUGACGUCGUGAUUUUAUUUCAUCAGGUUUCAUAGCUGACAAAUCUGGUAACUACAUUGCCGCAUUUCUCUUUGCUGGUGGAACGGGAAUCGUUGCAUCACUCGUUCCAUUUCUUCUGGUUUGUGUAAAUCAAGGAGCAGAGGGAAACAUUGUUGAUGAUAUCGAAGAGGUAGAGGGCCUACGAGAGAGUGGUGAUGUAAAUGGUAGAAAUUUACAGUUGCUGCAGCGAAGCGGAGACAAUGAUGUACAACAUGCCAGAAAUAGUUCCAUUAUUCUUGGAACUUAA